GUUGUCUUAAAUUAAGUGUAUUGUUUUCUUAUUGAGACAGUUAAAAAUAACAAUUUACAAAUUGUUGUUAUGAAAAUUUGAUUACAAACAUCACAUUUAAAAAAAAAUGGAUUUAAAAGCUGUAGUUGUUUCUGGAGAAGCUCCAGAGUCUGACGAUGAUGCAUCAAACAUUGUCACUGGCCUAGGAUUCCCUACAAUGCGAACACCAUCCACAUAUUGCGGUACCAUUAUCUCAGGCGAAGCUCCAGAAUCUGAUGAUGAUUUAACAAGUUUAAGUAGUAUUAGUGGAGCGAUAGAUGCCAUGGCAUGUCCUCUUUACACAGAUCUUAAAAUACCAAGAUCUAAAAAAAAUUCUAUCAAGUAUAAUAGUUUACUUCAUAAAAAGUUAUACGAAUGCAAUGAAAUCUUGGAUAGAGACAUUCUGCAAAUGACCGAGGGCGCAAUCACAACCAGCGUACAAGAAUUGUCAGCUAUUAACCGACAAUUGCUGAGAAGUGAAUUGGUGUUACAAGAGGCUGUGUGUCAAUUACGCAAUGCAUCCGGUCGGGUGAAGGAUGCCUCCGACGCUCUACAUCAACUCAUAGACGACAACUUCUUGCAUUCCGUUAAAAUUUAAUUUUUAUUAAGUGCAUUUCUAUUCUUAAGAUAUACAUGUAGCAAUGAGUAACAGGUAUGUGCUUACAAGAGACAUCACACAACUGUCCGGUACAGAUUUGAUUUUCCGUGAAAUAUGUCAUUAAAAUCUAAGAGACACAUUUUUUUUAUGUGUGCGCUAACUCAUGUUUAAAGAGUGAAACACUCCUUUGAAAAAAAAAACGAUAUUUCU